AUGUCUGGACUCGCUUCAGAUGAAGUUGCUGAGGACUACAAAAAUUCUCUUGAGGAUCUAAUGACCAACGACAAGUUCCAAAUCAGCAAUCUAACUGUUAUCGCAAAGGAGAAUACCGAGCAUGCGAUGGCCAUAUCCAGAGUCCUGGAAAACCACAUCCGAACAACCCCUCCCGCCCAAAAGUUACCGGCUCUUUAUGUAGUGGAUUCAGUCGUCAAGAAUGUAGGAACCCCCUACACCCUGUUCUUGGGACGCAACCUCUACCAGACGUUCAUGAAUGCAUAUACCUUAGUCGACUCCCAGACACGCAAAAAGUUAGAUGAAAUGUUGAAGACUUGGAAGGAACCUGUUCCAGGCUCGUUGGAUCCGAGGCCCGUAUUUCCUGUUGAGCUCACACGCAGCAUCGAGAAUGCUUUGAUAAAAGCAAGAACAGCUGCACUUCAGCAGCAACAGGCCCGGCAACAUCAAGAGUUUCGCGGCAGAAAUCUAGGCGUUGCCACUCCUCCAGUAUGGAUGCGUACAUCAACUCCGCCCCAAAGUGCUGCUCCGUAUGCUGCUGGUCAAGCCCAGACUAAUGGCCAUUCUGAUCCUUAUAAAGGAAGAUAUGCCCAGUCUUCACCCCCACAGUACCCACUGAACCAUCAGACCUCCUACAGGCAACAGGAUACUGUUGAUUUAGGGUCCCUGCACCGCGAUAUCGACAGCCUCAUCCUUAGUGCCAGAAAUGAUUUUGCAAACAAACCCCUUGAUGCGUCUGUUCAGCAGCGUCUUAAAGCGCUCUUAGAUCUGCAAAGCAUUCUUCAACAGCAAGAAUUGCCCCAAGAGCAGCUGAAGCUUAUUCGAAACCAGGUAUCCAAGCUUUCAACUACCGCCCCUACCACAUUUUCAAUACCUCCUGGCCUACCGAUCCCCCCUAUCUCAACACCAUCUGCUCCGACACCACCCCCAACGCUUACUGGCCAUACUCCACAGCCGAACCUCCAAGCUUUAUUAAACCCCAGCACACUUGCCGACUUAAUAAAAGCUACAGCCAACCCCCAAAAUCGAACACCCCCUCCACCGCUGCCACAAACUUAUCCUCAAGUCUCUGCUGCAGCGUCGGCUACAUCUGCAACUACCGUCAGUGAGAAUCCCCUGAUUGCUUCACUGAGAGCUCGAGGGUUGCUCCCACUGGUUCCUGGGGCUUCAGUGCAGCAGUCCUCGCCUGGUUUCCCAUUCAUUCUUCCAGGCCAGAAUGGAUAUACGCCUAGUGCCACGCCCCAGUUGCCUCUCACAGGACAAUCUAACAUCAAAAUCUCCGUGCAAAUGACUUCUGCAUCCAUUAGAGUACCUCGGCCAAAUUUGAUAUUCCGUCUCUAUGAAGAAAAGCCUAAUAGAUGUGGCACUUGCGGUCGUCGAUUCGCUGCUAAUGAUGAGGGCAAGGAGAAAAAGGCCCGGCAUUUAGACUGGCAUUUCAAAACCAACCAGCGUAUGAAUGAGGCCUCCAAACGCGGACAAAGCCGCAGUUGGUAUGUAGAUGAACGGGACUGGAUCAAAUCCCGCGAGUUUGAUGAUGAUGUUGGCCUAGGCGAUGCCACUACAGCGUCUAGUAAACCCAUGACCGAAGAGGAAGCUUCCAAGAAAGCACCUCAGCAACGAUGGAUUCGUGCACCAAACGAUGCUGCUCUAAGGAAUACCCCAUGCCCAAUCUGCCAAGAACAGUUUGAGUCCACAUGGUCAGAAGAGGCACAGGAUUGGAUAUGGAGAGACGCAGUAAAAGUUGGAAAUCGUGUCUAUCAUGCCAGUUGCUACUCGGAAAUUACAAAGAAUGGAGCCGUUGCUGGCACUGCCGCUCGUUCAGUGACGCCUGUUGGGCGAACAGGGACGCCUGAUUCGGUUUUAGGGAAGCGUAAGGCCGAAGAUGAUUCUCCAGGAUCUAAUAUUAGAAUUAAAACGGAACCGGUGUUUUAA